GUUUUCCCUGGGUAAAAGCAAUCGAGAAAAGGGAAUUUCGGGAUGGCGUUUGUUAAUUAUUAAAUCGUGUGGAGUUUUUAGUUCCACUUUCGUUAUUUUAUUUUGGUCGCUGUUCGAUAAAAAAUCAACAGAUGCCGGAAAGCGUGCUAUUACCCGCCAGCUAUAUAACCAUGGCAGAGGCAGAGCCUGACCUAAGCACGUUUGAAAACAAGUCUGGAUUAGCGGAGGACAUGAAGUUUUUGGCCUCAAUGCCAGAACUUUGUGACGUCACAUUUCUUGUUGGUGAGACGAGAGAGCCAGUAUGUGCUGUGAAAGCGGUUCUAGCUGCGCGGUCCAGAGUAUUUCAUAAAAUGCUGUAUCAGGCUCCAAGUCCUCAACGCAAAAAGGAACCUCCUCCACGUGAAAAUAAACUUCGCCUGUUUCUCAAAAGAUCCUCGGAACCUCUUCUAAAUCUACAAAAUGCUUCUCAACAGAGAGGCUUCACCCAACAGCUGGCACCUAUCCAAGAGCCGCAAUCUCAACAGCACCAGACCCUUAUAAUAGAAGAGUUUGAACCUGAUGUUUUUCGGCAAUUAAUUGAGUAUAUUCAUACCGGAUGCGUAACCUUACAGCCUAGGACUUUGCUGGGUGUUAUGAAUGCAGCAGACUAUUAUGGGUUAGAUGAAUUGCGUAGAGCAUGUGCGGGCUUUGUGCAAUGUUGCAUCAAUGUAGACACUGUGUGUGCCCUCUUGGCUUCUGCUGAAAGAUACAUACAAUAUAAAUGUACCAAAUCACUUGUACAAAAGGUUCUAGAAUUCGUAGAUGAGCACGGAAACGAGGUUCUCAAUUUGGGCUCCUUUACUCUCCUCCCUCAGCAUGUUGUAAGACUAAUCCUAGCUAGAGACGAACUGCAGGCCGAUGAAUUCACAAAGUUUCAAGCCGCUUUAAUGUGGGGUAAAAAGUACUGCGACAACAACCCAACAACAAGUCUUAAAGAUGUCAUAGGGAACUUCCUGGAGUACAUUCAGUUCCAUAAGAUUCCAGCCAAUGUUUUAAUGAGGGAAAUCCAUCCGUUAGGGUUGGUUCCCUACAGCAUUAUAAUGAAUGCAUUAGCCUAUCAGGCAGACCCGAACAGCGUCGACCCCGGGAAGCUCUCCCCCAAUCGCGUAAGAAGACAAGAUCAAGGCCGUUCGAUGAGCGUGCAGUCAAGCCUGGACCCCUACGGCUCCAACACUACUUUAAGUUCUUCAGGAAGUUCCGAACUUGCUUCUUCGGACGGCAAGCAUACGUCCUCCAACUAACAUAAGGCCACUGGUGUGCCCCAACCUUCAGCCCCGCCUCCCCCUGCCGGUACCUCCCUUAGUAGUUACCCAACGUCUAGUAACCCCGCGGUCACUUCUAGCGGUCCAAGUAGUAAAACACCCUCUUUAAGUUCAAGCCCGUUGCAUCAAGUACACGUACCUCCGACAGUAACUGUUUCGGCAGCUUCACCGAUUGCAUCGUGUAGCGCACAUACUUCGCGAGCGACGUCUCCAGCACCAGCUCACACUUUUACAUUUACGAUUGUUAUGAAGAAAAUUACUCCCAAAGAGGAAUAUACGGAUUUGUAGGGAAGCGAGGAAGAGUUGAUCGAUCGUUUGAAAGGGUCUAGAGAAAUACUUAUUUAGGUUUUUACGUAAGACCGUAGGGUAUAUAUAGGGUGACGUUAGGUGCAUUUUUAGAUAUGUUUUAAAAUACUAAAAUAUAUGAGAAGCAAAAAUAACGGAAAUAAUAACCAUUUUUCUUUUAUUUUACUUAAAGGCAGAUUCAGGAAGGGAAUUUAUUAAGUUCUGCUAAAACAUCAUUGCAGUAAAGCAGAGUAGUCAUUAAGGUUAUAAGGUGAAUCCCAAGCUAAAAUUGAUAUUUCUAGGUCCUAAAAGAUUUAGUGCAGGAGUUUAGCUCAUCUAGCCACAUAGGUAACGUUGGUAACGAGAAAUCAAAUCUUGCUGGACUGAGAUUUGUGAAACUGGUGGUAGGCUCCUAACUCAUAGUCAGCCUGGCUGGAAGCGUGCUUCUACUGUAUAUCUGUAAAGUUUACUUGCACGUCACUUUAAAACACUCCGAAAAUAAACAGAGGCACCAGACAUAAAACAUGAUAAAGCCUAUAAGCCUGGGUCUAUCUCACUAAAUAACUACGGCUACGCCUGAAGUUAGUUAGUAAUAGGUCACUGUCGUUAUCUGAGCAUUGACAUUUAAGACAAUAUCUCCCGAAGUGCUGUUGGUGUUGGGAAAAGGAAUAAGUAGCAGCCAACAUUAUGAGGAAGUUCCCAGUACACACGCUCGCUAGGUUCAACGACAAAUAAACAGGAUAGGUGCGCUUGUUAGAGGCUCUUUUAGGUUAAUGAAAGUUUUCUAACAAUCUGGAGACUAUUGGAAUUUCGGUUCCCUUCAGUCAGCCUGAUCAUUGGUUUUGCGAUGUUCGAAAAUCCCUCCACAUAGCGUCGGUAUUAAAUGCAUAAUCCCAAGAAGCUGAGUAGCUUAUGCUUAUCUUUGGGAACUGAUAAUCUAGACCUUUGCUUUAUCAACCGCAACUUCUUACACACUAUUUAACAUGUCAUAUCACUUGUAACCAUACAAUUCGCUGCUUAUAUUUUUUGUGUGUCUUGCAAAAUGGAAAGCGAGUUCUCAACCAGUUCCUCAGAUUUUGAAGAAGACCUAGAAAACGUGGCUGCAUUUUUAAUAGUUGAUAAUGGAAUAAAAAGGAAGUGGGUGCACGAAAUAAAUAAACAGAGGGAAGAGUUAGGAGAAUAUCACAGAUUAGUUAAAGAGCUGAAUGAGCACCCAGAUCGAUAUCAUAUGUAUUUUCGGGUUACCAAAGAAGAAUUUGAUUUUUUGCACGGACUUGUUAAAGAAGAUAUCAAAAAGCAAAAUACCCAAUUCCGAAGGACGAUAAGUACUGAAGAGAGACUAGCGGUAUGUUUAAGGUGAGUUCAAGUAAAUAAAUGCAGUUUCAUCAUUUCGAAACAAUUAUUUAUUGAAGCAUAGUAUAGUUUGUCUCAAAUGAGGUCAUUUCUAAAAGCGUCAGUUGUCGCUCUUGUUCUGUUUCCAAGCAGUCUGUGUUUCUUGAGUUUGAUAAAUGCUCAUCAUCGUGUUUCAGAUAAUUUUCUG